UUUAAUUCAACUUAAACAUAACAAACACUUAAGUAAUAGAUUUAGCUGUUAAGAGGCGCGCCGAUCCAUCGCAAUCCAAAUCGUUCAAAGGCAUUUUCGAAAAGAAAGCCCAGCAGAAGCAACUUAGAAGCAAAGGGAACAGAGCAGAAUAGGAAAAUAUAGCAUAUAUAACCUACUGUCACGCUAGGAUACUACCACUUAAGUUAUGAAACUAUGUACAUUUGAGAAGAGAAAGGUUAUUUUACUAUAAAAGCAACUGUAAGCUGUGAGAAACAGUCAUCAACAACAGAGAGCCCAGAUCAGCCUAGAGAGGCAUUACAUAGCAGGCAGGCAGGCAGGCAGAAAGGGAGCAAGGGACACAGAGUCACAAUAGCGACGGAACACUGUACAUAGACAGCACACAAAUUCAAUCUCAAUCCCAAGCCGAAGAAGUUAUCGUGAUGAACGCGCGUUCGCAGGUCUUCGAUCUGACCAUGGAGGGUCGUCAGGUGGACGAGGCGGUAGCCACCAUCUUUCACACCGUCCUCUUUCACCGCUGCCUGGGCAAGUACAUGUACACGGGCGACGCCCAGUACUCCAUUGGGACGGUCGGCUACACGGACGUCGAUUGCAACUUCAUUGACUUCACCUACGUGUGCUGCACUUCGGACAGCCUGACGCACAAGGUGAAGAGGGCCAUCAACUCGUUCAGCGAAAAGCUGCGCUCCAACGAAAGCUGCGGCUCCGGCCAAAUCAGCCUGGAGUUCUUCCAGAAAAAGAAGAACCGCUGGCCCUUCCCGCAGGAGUCGAUCCCGUGGGAAGUGUGGACGGUCCAUCUGGACCUGAUCAAGCACGAGAACGAGGACGAGCGGCAGCUGUGCCGCGAGAAUGUCUCCGAUCUCCUGACCGAAAAGGUCAUAUACAUCACCGAGCUGAUGAACCGACACGACUACGUCCCCAAGACGCCCAGUCAGAGCGAACUGGACCUGAUCUUCGACACAUCCUUUCCGGACGUGCAGCCGUACCUCUUUAAAUUCGACUACUCCACUUCUGGCUCGGCUGCCCCCUCCAUGGGCAACGCCAUGAAGAAGAUCAUCAAAGAGACCCUCGCAAUGUGACGGGUUGAAGGAGAAGGGAUCGAGAUCCUGUCACCUUUGUGUAGAAACGCCACACCAGUGGCUGGUUAUCACUACGGGGCUGUCCACACAUCAAAAUUAGUUGUUCGCGAGUUUAUUUAUUUGUAUUUUCUUUUUUUUUCAACCGUUUAUAGUGUUUUUACCCAAGACUAAGGGUGAGUCAUUUGCAAGGGUGAUAAGAUAAAAUACCAAGUAGUUAAAUAUUUAUGGCAAGUCCCUGCUGAACUAGAACGUUUUAAAUGUAGGUUUUCAUUUCAAUUGUUCUGCCUUAAGUGGGCGUUAACCCAUGUCUCGUCCGUAUUUUUUAAUGGUUUUGAACAUUUUUUGUGAAGAACCAUUAAAACUUAGAACUGCAAUACAAAAUGUUCUACUAUUUUAACUGAGACAUAGGUGAACCCCCUUAAAGCCGGAUGGCAUUUUCUUUAAAAAUGGCUAACUGACUGGAUUUAUUGUUGAAGAUAUAGAAGAUGAACAACUCACGUAAAUAAAUCCAGUCAGUUAGACAAACACUAAGCAAGUGUUAUGCGACCAUUAAUAUAUACACCCGUUACUCCUAGAGAAAAAUGGUAUAUUGUAUUCGUCGGAAUGUAUGAAACGAGCAGAAGGGAGCGUUUCCGACUUGAUAAAGUUAUAUAUUCAUGUCCGUCUGUGGGUCUGUCCGUUUGUCUGUAUGUCCGUAUGAACCCCAAAGUCUCGGAAUCAACAAAAGUUAAAAGGUUGGGAGUAAGCAUACAGAUUCUAGGGGCUCCUUAGCAGCCUUGUUUGUUUUAUCGGAGUGCCACGCCCACUCUAAAGCUAAAGUCUGUAUAGCGCCCAUUUUUUUUUGGUUUACAAUUUUUUUCUUAACGGUUUCUUGCGUAAGUUAAAAUACGUUUUAUUGAUCCAAUACCUAUCUACAUUCCAAUAACCAAACCAAUCGCAAUAUUAUUUAAUAAGUUAUAAAAUUAUAAAAGUUGGUGACGCUACCCCUAGGUGCAGAAUCAAAAGAAAUGCCCUGGAAAUUAUUUGAGAAAUCUUGUUUUAUAGUUGGUUAGCUGAGUAACGGGUAUCAGAUGGUCGAGGCACUCGACCAUAGUGUUCUCUCUUGUUGUAGUUGUUAUUAUGGCCUAAGUUAUCCAAUAGGUUAUAUUAACCACCGGUACAUCCAAGAGCAUGGUAUGGGUAAAUCCAGCUCUGCAGGAUUUAAAAGUGUUCACGCAAAAGAGCAGGAGGCAACGUUGUGCAGACAGCGAUGCUUGGCUAAAAGGAGAUGGAUGCAGAGUCAAGAGCCGAGUUGAAAAUUGUAAAGAAUAGGCUCUCGAGUUUACCACAUAGGCCACCAUUUAGCUGUCUAUCACCCCACCAAACUUCCCUUGCUCCAAGCCUAAGCUCGAGGUGCGACAAGCGUUGUACCCAUUCGAUUAUCCAUGCAAAACGUUCCAAAAUCAAGCUUUGAGCUCCACUAGCAAGCAAAUACCUGUCAGCAGAGCAAAUGCAUUGUGUUAAUUAUGUCUAAAUCGCCAGUGUAAAUAAUGAAAAUGAUGCAAGCUAAGAAAUUAUAUUCGGUGUGCAAGAGAGAAGGAGGAGAAGGAAAACAAUAACGAAUUCAGAACCCAUCUAAUGUUGAGAUCGAGGCAAGUAGCGGUAGAGAUGUAUGUAUAAAAGAUUGUGAUUGUACUUGUAGUGUUUAAACGAUAGUACCAACUCUAUGUAUCCAUGGAGAUCAAAUAUAUAGAUGUGUAUGUAUGUAAAUCAAUGUUUAUCUGUAUGUCCAAGCUAUAGAAGUAAUCGAUAAAUGUACUUUACGACUUAACUAAUAUUGUAAAAUCGAAUUAAGCAGAAUAAAUCCUUUGAAGCACACGUUCAAAGUAGAAAUGUAA